AUGUAAAAAUAUUUUAAUAAAAAAUCGAAAAGUCCCUUUUUAAAUGAUAAAUCACCAAAAAUUGGGAAUUCUAGCAAAGAUUAAUCUAUCAAUAAUGAAAAUUUCACCAGAGAAUAAACGAUUGAAAAAUUAAUAUUAUAGCUUGAUUUAAUUCGAAGAAAACAUGAAUAGGAAAAAAGGGAAAUGAUUGAGGCAUUUAAUCUUUAAAUUUAAACUAAAAUUAAGCAACAUCAAAUAUUGGAAAAUGAGUAUCAACAGAAAAAUUAAUUAUUAGAGCAAUUGCUGUUUCAGGAAUAAUCAAAAACAAUUCAUCUAACAAGAAUAUUUUAAGAUAAAUAAAAAAGUAUUCCAACUAAUGACAAAGAUUAACAGAAAAACAAACUCCCAUAGUCUGAAAUAUCUCAAGAUUCGCAACGUAACAAUACCAAGGUCCAAACGAAGUAGACGCCAAAAGAUAAUUCAGUUAAAAUGCUGCUUGAUAUAAUUAACAACAUUUAAGCAAAUGUUGUUCGACAUUCAAAGAUAAAAAGGUUGAAUCUCAGUUGGAUAGAUUAUGAAAUACUCGAAACCGAUUUGUAAAAAUAAAAGGAUUUAUCUAAGUCUUUAGCUAAAAUUAAUUAGAUCUUCGAUAAGUUCUUUAGCAUCAUCAAUGAUAACUCAGCUCCAUCACUCUCACCAUACAGAGUGCCUAAUACUCCUAAAUAAUUCAAUAAUAUCGAGAAGUAAGUUAUAACAAUUAAAGAACAUGCAAAAGCCAAAUAAAGUAAUAUAUAAACAUAAACAACAGAAAUUAUUACUAAAACUCAUAAAUUAGUGUAAACAGAUAUAAGUAAUAAAUUAUCAAAGCUUAUAUAAACAGAUCAAAUUGAAGAUCUGGUUAUAAAUUAAAAAUAAAUUAAAUAAGCAAAUUAACAAUCUUCAACUUCAUAAUUGAUUAAGUCUUAAAAUUAAGCUUAAUAGACGGAGAAGAUUGAAGUGAAAUUUGAAGUUUGCAAAGUUUUAUCAAUUAGUUUAAGUAAUUAAAUUAAUCAAGUUAAGGUAAAACAGAUAUCAACAGAAGUUCAAACAGAUCUUAUAGAUAGAGAAUCCCUUAUAAAAUAAAUAAAACAUAAUUCAAAAAUUACUGAGAAGGAUGAAGAAGAAGAGGAGGAAUAACAUAAUGAAACUAAAAAAUAGAAUUUAAAGUUUGAUAAAGAUUAAGAGAAUGAUAGUGAAUCAAUUUUCGAUUGUAAUAAGCCAGACUAUGAUUCCGUAAUUGAGCAUCACGAAGAAUUGGUUGACUUGAGAAGAGAGUGUUAGGAGAAAAAUGAAAGGAUAAUGAAUUUAGAAACAACUCUAUAACAACUCCUUAAAGAAUAAGGUUAAUUCCAAUUUGAUAAUUUAAUAACAAGUGAAUAACACAGUUUGGAAGAAUUAUCAUCAAACAAAUGGUUAAUUAAAUUGAAGGAUCAUGAGGCAUAAUAAAAAUAAACAAUUGGGAUCUUAGGGUAAGAUUUAAAUCUAAUAAAAAAUACCAUAAAAGCCAUAUUUAAUGAGGAGUUAUAAGUAAAUCUUGAGUUAAACUAAUUUGCAGUUUAAUACUAUGAUAAUGAUUUUUUGGAAAAUUAUAAGUUAGACAUUAUGAUCAAAUAAAUAUAGUUUCCUGAAAAGAUCAUUGUUAACUCAACACUUAAUUUUGAACAUUAAUAAUUUCAAAAAUUUUGGAUUGAUUUUAUGAUUAGUCAUUGCAGUGUAUUUAUUUACCUGUGCAAAAAUUGUAAUAAAGAGGAUUUUAGAAUGAUUGAUUAUCUAAAAGAGAAUAAUAAGAAGCUGAUAAUAAUAACAUUUAAUGACUUGCAAAUAGAAAAUUUUUACAAUUAUAAUAACUAUAAAUAAAAUAUAGAUUAUUAAAUUUUGAAGAUUCAAGAAAACAAGAAUAUUUUAUCAUCAGUUUGUAAAGAAAUACUUUAGAGUGAUUGGGAAUGGGUGGAUGUUGAAGAUUCAUUAUUAGUGUAAUUGCAAUCUCACAUUUAAAAUAUUAUUGGAAAUGAAGAUUGCACUUAAUUACAAAUUAAGGAGGAUGGAAUCUUUGAAAUAUCGGUGAUAAAUGAUGAGUUGAAUUAUGAUUCUAUAUUACCUUUCCCUUACAUUAAAAGUAAGGAAAAGCAAAAUGAUCAAAUUCAGCUAUGCCUUGAAUUAUGGGAAUUUGGUCAAAUUCAAGAUGUAAAAUGUGUGGAUACAUAAAUCUUGAUCGUAAUUGAUUCAUAUAUACUACUUGAAUAAAUGGAUAUUAAAACUUAAUUGCAUUCAAUAGAUGACAAUAAAAUACUUUUAUCUAUAACAAAAUGA